GUUUGUCCGAGUCACAACACUUCGAGCUUGCAAGUGGAAUCUGCUGUUAAAUCAUCGCCUUUCAUUAUUUCAACAUUGCAACUAUGCAUUUCAACAGGCUAGUCGCGUCCUUCGUGUUCCUGGCGGUCGCAGGAUUCAGUCGCGGAAGCCCAGUCGUCGUCACGGCCCCUCCUGAAGUGGCCGCCCAGUGCCCCUACACCCCGGGGGAGUACCCUCUGCUGCUGCCCAACCCCGUCGACUGCGGCUCCUUCUACAUGUGCAGCUGGUACGGGACGGCCAUCUUGCAGUUUUGUCCAGAUGGUCUCCACUUCAAUGUUAAACUGCAGGUGUGUGACUACCCUGCUUACGCCAACUGUGUCGAGAGAACUACGACUGCGCCAGUCACUGCUCAAACAACAGCUGCCACUGCGCCAGCAGUUGCGCCAGUUAAUGUAACUACAGCUGCGCCAGUCAAUGUAACAACAGCUGCCCCAGUUAAUGUAACAACAGCUGCGCCAGUUAAUGUAACUACAGCAGCGCCAGUUAAUGUAACUACAGCAGCGCCAGUUAAUGUAAUGUAA